GCUCGCGGUAGACGGCAAGAAGAGCGAACUGGUUGCACUUUGUGGUUGGCGGGAGCUUACUAGCUAGUAUGAGCAGUGCAGACGAUACCGUGGUGGCGGGAGACCUGGGUGCUGGUCAGGAGCCGGUGCAGCUUUCGGAGGCAGGGGAGGCGGAGGUUGGAGCUGGUGUGGUGGGGUCGGGCAGGGGCAAGGGCAAGGGUAAGAGCAAGGGCAAGGGCAAGGGCAAGGGCAAGGGCAAGGGCAAGGGCAAGGGCAAGGGCAAGGGAAAGGGCAAGGGCAAGUCGGACAAGGCCAAGGCGGGCAAGGCCGCAGAUGAGAAUGCUACAUCAGCGCCAGCGGCGGCCGAGCCCGAAGCCGAGGUGCAGAUAGCGGUUGGUACAGAGACUGGCAAGGUCGCUGCUGCAGACCAGGGCAAGGGCAAGGGCAAGGGCAAGGGCAAGGGCAAGGGCAAGGGCAAGGGCAAGGGCAAGUCAGGGAAGAGCAAGGCGGGAAAGACCAAGGACAGCAGGGCAAGGAAGACCGACAAGGCGGAAGCGGCGGGGAGAGAUGGUAAGGAGAGCAAGACGCGCGAGGGCAAGGCACGCAAGGUGCGCAAGGCGCACAAGGGCAAGCGCCGACGGCGGACUAAGGCUUCUGAGCCGUCGCCGGAGGAGGUGCAGCGGCAACUGGUGGAGUAUGUGCGCGGAUGCGUGGCUCGAGUCGUCAAGAUCCCGGCCGAUAUGUUCAAGGGCGAGGCGCUGCGGGUGCUAACCCGGGCUCAGAAGAGCGCGAGUGCGUUUGCCGAGUGCACGCGGGCGCCGCUGCUCAAGCUCGACGUGCUGCAGAGCGUGUCGGAUACGCUGUAUGCGGUGGAGAAGCUCAUGUUUGAUGUGGAAACUCGUUCUGGACGCUAGCUAAGGACGCGUUCAACAAGGUGGACAUGGCGCUGGACGGAACACUGAUGGCGAUCGCGCUCGCCAAUGCCAUAAUGCCGCGCGAGCACGCGAUUGUAAGCACACUGCAGGGCGGAGGUAGUGCAGGAAGCAGCGGAGGACCCAGCGGCGGCGGCGACGGCGAUGAGGCCGAGGCUACGGCGUAGAAACUAAAGUGCUGCCCGCUCCUC